CGGGGACACCUCGCUGUUGGCAACAAAGUCCCCAUUUACUUCCUCCUUAUCGCUGCUCCUCCUCAUCUUUCCCACCUCCUCCUCCGAGCCUUAUGAUAGUUUGCCGUGCUGUGACGAUUUCGACGUCGGUGUCUGCGAUUGCAGCCUGGAUCGAGAGACGUUGUGACGCAAAAGGAUUCACGCCUCGCGUAACGGGAAGAAUUGCAGCGGCGCUUCGUGGAGGACGUCGUGGUGAACGGAGCUCGGUAGGGCGGACAUGGCUUCUCUUGUGGUGUUCGAAAAGAUCGGAGGUGAUGGUGUCUUUGCAAGUUCUGUGAGAUAUGGUGGUGAUGGUGAUGUUGGUGGUGUGAAGGGGGUGAGGAUAGCAACGUUACUGAGUUAGAUGCGGGGGUGGUGGUGGUGGUGAGGAGGAGGAAGGGGAGAAGGAGUUGUGGUUGCGAGGGAGAAAGCAACCAUGGGCCAGGGAGCUUCGACGGUAGUAGCUUGCUCGGGUAACCCUAGUCGAGUGCAGGAGGAGGAGGACGAAGAGGAAGGGGAGGAAGAGAGGGAGAGUCAGAGCAGGGCGGUGGAGUUGCAAGAGGGAGAUGACUGGACUGAGUAUGCGCCCGACGAGUGCGUGGCUUCGGUGUUCCGGAAGCUGUGCACCGCGGACCGAAAUCGAUGUGCGUUGGUGUGCAAACGAUGGUACAGAGUGGAGGGGCAAGGGAGACAGAGGCUGACGCUGCACGCUUCGGCGGAGCUAGGGUGUGCCCUGCCGGGGCUGUUAGAGAGGUUUCCGCAUAUUACGAAGCUGGUGCUCAAGUGCGACCGGCGGACGGUGAGCAUCGAUGAUGGAGCACUGGUGUUGGUGGGACGGUUGUGCCAGCAACUGCAGAAGGUAAAAUUGAAGGCGUGCAAGGGACUGUCAGAUAGGGGACUGGAGGAAUUUGCAGAGCUGGUUUCGGGGUCGUUGAGGACGUUUUCUUGCGGGUCGUGCCAAUUCGGGCCUCGGGGAAUCAACGCGGUGCUGCAGCAGUGUGAGAAUCUGGAAGAGCUGACGGUGAAGCGGCUGCGAGGGUUCAUAAUGGGUAACCCAGGUCCUGCGGAGCACGUGCUGCCAGGGCCGUGCAGCAUCAAGAGGCUGUGCGUGAAGGACUUGCCGAACGCCCAGCUGCUGGGCCCGCUGAUAGCAGGGUCGAAGAGUUUGCACACGCUGAUUCUGAGUCGGGUGCCGGGUAACUGGGAUAUUCUUCUGGAGAUUAUUACGGAGCACACGACAAGCCCGGUGGAGUUCCACAUGGAGAAGGUGUGCGUGACGGAUCGAGGGCUAAAAGCGGUGGCGCGGUGGAGCAAUCUGCAGGUGCUGUACUUGGUAAAGCCAACGGAGUGCACGAAUCAUGGGCUGUCAGCAGUGGCGAGCGGAUGCCCGCUGUUGAGGAAGCUACAUGUAGACGUGAUGAAGAGCAGUCGCGUGGGAGAUGAGGGUCUGCUGAUGGUGGCGCGGAAGUGUAGGCAUCUGCAGGAGCUGGUAAUAAUCGGAGUGAGCGCGACGACGGCGAGCUUGAGCCUGGUGGCGUCAGAGUGUCCUGGGCUGGAGCGUCUGGCGAUCUGCACGAGCGAGACAUUCGGUGACCCAGAGCUGUCGUGCAUAGCGGAUAAGUGUUUGGCUUUGAAGAAGUUGUGUAUAAAGGGAUGCCCUAUCUCGGACCGUGGAAUGGAAGCACUGGUGAGUGGAUGCCCGAACCUGGUGAAGAUGAAGGUGAAGAAGUGCAGAAUGGUGACUCCGGCGAGCGUGGCAUGUCUUCACUGGAAUAGAGUGUCUUUAGUAGUAACACUGGAUGCGCCGUCAGCAGUUCCAAUUGCCGCCCAGAGUGAGGAACGUAGAGGAUCGAUCAACAUCUAUCCAGAGAACCGUCCACGACCUUCCCAAUCCAGGACACCCCUUGCGAGGGCCCGACUUGCGUUUGGUCUUGUUGCAGGCCACAUGCUUCGGUGGUCUGUCUCGAAUGGUUCUUAGCGUGGUGCAUUCAGUGGACUCGGCAAAUUGAAGCUUGUAACUCUUAGUAUUUUCAGUAGGACUCGAAGUCGUCUUUGUCAGGAUAGGAAGAAAUUAUCAUGUAUGUGAUCAUUCUUUUUUAGUUAGUUUUACAUCGCACGACAAUUGAUGUGAUCGCCGAAGGCAACUACACAGCUGGCAUUCAACGAUAUUGGAGUGGUUUUCUCCAAUCAUGAGAGAUAUUUUUUUAUUCUUUACCCAGGCGUUGGGUUUGUAAAGCGUUUGAAGAAAAUUUUCUAAGUGUGGAAACCAUACUGUCCAUCAGCCGAUAGUGCCGUGAUGGGGUUAAUUAGGUGUAGACAACUUUAUUUUCUUUCCUUUUUAUAUUCAGGAUCGUUUAUUGUUUUUUGAUUUCAAGUUGCAGUUCAUGACCCGUACUGUAUGACAGCCGUCAGUGUGCACAAUAAAUUGCUGCACAGUGUUAUCAAUUUCUUGAAUUGUUUCUAUUUCAGAAACAGGAACAUAUUUCAACAAA